AUGGACAGCGAUACUGAGCCAGAGUUCGAUCCGAGCCUUCUUGAGCUUGAUGCUUCACUCUUGCAAGCUUCAACACCUCAAAAGCGCGUGCCACUUGUUGAACGAGUUUGUGAAUAUUUGGCGCAGCAAAACUCCGACACAAAAUCGUUCCUUCUCGCUUACCUACACUCAACAAAUGAAAAAAUCAUCAGACGCAAGAAACAGUGGGCCUUGGUCGCAAAAGGAUGGAAAUCUACCGAAGCAGUAUUGGAUGCCAUCGCCGAGCUGGUGAAUCAGAAGCCAGAAUGUCGGCCUAAAUGGAAUGAUUGGGUUCUUAAAAAGGCCAAGCUUAUUGUAGCACAGCAGUCUCCACCCCAAGGUAGCCAAUACAUCAAUAUAAAUAUGUUAGAUACUAGUUUUUUUGAUCACAAACAGGACGUGAAAAGGGAAGCAGAUAUUGUUCAAAGCAUGGAUUUUCUUCAUCAAUUGAUUACUUCUAAGCUCCAACAUGGUCAUCAAGCCUGGAAGUCUGAGCGGAAACGACGUACUGAACAUGAGGCAGCUGCAGAUCUUGAUUCUGAUGGCUCGGAUUCUGAGUUUGAUUCUGGUUUGGAGUCGGAUUCUCCGGAGCAAUCCGAAUUUGGCAAGGCAAAGGAAUCGUCUUCAGCUUAUGUCUACAGAAGAUCUAAAGAUGCGGUUGAAAAUGCAAAUACUCGAAUGAAAGCGGUAAGUGCCAUUCUAUGUCUAGACUUAUUGGGAUACGCACCAUACCGAACUGUUCUAUUAUGUCAUAUAAUGUUAGAUUGCUUUAACAACCAUUCAGAUGAUAUCUUACGGAUGCAACCGUCGAAGCAAUGGACUUCAGGUUCAAAACACAAUCACUUUGCUUGCAUGUGGUGUAUCUGA